UUGAAAGUGCUGGAGCGUCUUUGAGCAGUUUGUUGUGAUACGCAGGUAGAAUGGUCUGCAAACAGAUGAAUUCAGCCCCUCCAAACCGAGCGUGGAGCGCGCUGCUUUUGUGCGCCAGGCACAAAACGCUGAAUUCCUCCGAACUUACUUGGGGCCUGUCUAGAAAAGGGCCUUUUCUUCCCUCUGCUUGUACCUCUGGCCACACUAAGUCCCUGCCCGCCCCCCUUCAAGCCCCCUCCCUCUCCCCUCUGAUAAUCCUUCUCUUUAUUUUAGAAAAACACAAAACCCGGUUCCACGCGGUGCUUUAGUGGCUAGAAGUGAAAGAGCUGCCUUGGCAGAAUUCAGCUCUAUGAAUCACUUCGGAAAAUUGGUUCGACUGAAUGGCCUUAGGAGGAAAAACGUUUUAAUAGGAUCCAGGGGAGGUUCUGCUGUUUCAAUCUGCUCCUUAAACAGGUGGAGAUUGGACCUUCUCAAUUAUACAAACAGUAAGUACCCAUCAGCAGGGAGAGCUGCCCUCCGAAUCCUCCCCGCACGCAGCCCGAAACCAGCAGCAGAGCCGGGCUUUGCCUCAGAAACCCGAUCACAAAUCAGCGAUUCUGAUCGAUUAGGUUCUCAAGCAGUCCUCUAGCUUGCUGUGCAGUCUCCCCCAGCCGCAGGCGAGGAGUUCGGCCAGAGAGGGGGAGGCGCGCCCACCGGGCGCCGAGGCCCCCGGGGUCUGGGCGCGCGGCCUUGCUCUUCCGGACGCUUCAGGGUCGUCCUUGGGCGGCGGGAGCUCUCUCCCGACCUCCGACGCCAGCCAAGGCGAGCUCGUUGUUUUUGCAUAAAUUAAUAUUUCCCCAUUAACAAGUUCCCCCCUCCAAACGCGGCGCCCGCGUCCAUGCGCCACAUCCUAAUGAGGUAAUUAUCAUUUGCGCGUGUUCGGGGCUGGCGCCGGCUCCGUGGGUAAAUGGCAGUUUAUUAGCACCAUGCCCAGCUCGGCUGCAGAGGGCUAAGGGAUAGUUCAGCGACUAGACGGACACCCAGGGGCCCUUUGGGGCGGCGCGUGCGGGACCCUCUGCCCUCCCCGCGUCCCUCAAACCUAUAGGCCCCCAAAGUUGUGAAUCACGCACAGAACUCUGCCUGGGUUUGGGCUCCCCCCACCUUCUUUCCACCGGCAAAACCAUCACGAUUCCUCCCCCUCCCCCUCCCGUCUCUUCCCUCCUUCCCGAUUCGCGAACCGCUCGCACUUUCCCGAGGGGAGCGCGGGCGCCAGUUGCCUCCUUUUAAAGUUUGAGGGGCGGUGGCGGCGGCGGCCGGCAGGCGCGGGGGAACACAGGGGCCGCUACGGGAGCCGCGCCGCCGCCCAUGUCAUUCCACUUCAAGUGACUUCAUGUGAUGUCAGCUGAAUGUAAAAGACAGUGAUCUCACGCGGAGGGGAAGAUGUUUGCCAUCAAAAUGUGACAGAGGAGACACGCUGCAUGGCUCGGAACGCAUCUCCUUGGCGGUGGGGGAAAGAGACUUAGAGGAGAGAGGCUGCGCCCUGGCCCAGUCCCGCACGGCAAAGCUCGGCUCGGCGCGCCAUGGCCAGUUCGGCUUCCCUGGAGACCAUGGUGCCCCCGGCCUGCCCGCGCGCUGGAGCGUCGCCGGCCACUUCCAAGACGCUGGCCUUCUCCAUCGAGCGCAUCAUGGCCAAGACGUCGGAGCCCCGUGCGCCCUUUGAGCCCCGGCCGGGGACGCUGGAGGCAGACGGCGGCCAGGGCAAGAAAUUGCUCAACCUUUGCUCGCCGCUGCCCUGUAUGAUCCCCCUCCAGCCCCUAGGCUACGAGGUGCCGUCCAAGACGCUGCUCAGUUACUCCGAGCUCUGGAAAAGCAGCCUCCGGGCGGGCGGCGGUGGAGGAGGAGGAGGAGGCGGAGGCGGCGGCGGCGGCGGCGGCGGCGGGGGGGCCCCGGUGUGCGGCGCCAGCGGCUUGUGCAAAACCAACUGUGGCGUGUGCUGCAAGGCCGAUCUGGGCCUGGCGCCGUCUGCGCUGCCGGCGGGCAGGGUCAUCAAGCCGCAGGUCAUCAACCAGGCGGUGGGGCUGCCGGCCAGCGGCUCGCUCUACUAUUUCAACUACCUGGACUCUGCCGCGUACCCGCCGUCUGAGCUCCUCGGAGGCCACCUCUUCCCGUCCGGCCUCCUCAACGCACAGGCCCCCGCCGCCCUGGCCGCGCACCCCAAACUCUUUUUGCUGGAGAACGCCAAGUUGGCCGGCCUGGCCGCGGACAAGUUCCCCCAUCCGGCCCCCUAUGCCCAUAAGGAGCGCUUGCCCGCGCCGCUGGAGCAAGUGCUGAAGGAGAACUCGGCCCUGACCGCCGAACGCGGCGGCGUCAAGGGCCACGGCAAGCUGCCCGGGGGCUCUGCGGACGGCAAGCCCAAAAACUUCACCUGCGAGGUGUGCGGCAAGGUGUUUAAUGCUCACUAUAACCUGACCCGCCACAUGCCGGUCCACACCGGAGCCAGACCGUUCGUGUGCAAAGUCUGCGGCAAAGGCUUCCGCCAGGCCAGCACGCUCUGCAGACACAAAAUUAUCCACACCCAGGAAAAGCCGCAUAAAUGCAACCAGUGCGGCAAAGCCUUCAACCGCAGUUCCACGCUCAACACGCACAUCCGCAUCCACGCGGGCUACAAGCCCUUCGUCUGCGAGUUUUGCGGCAAAGGCUUUCACCAAAAAGGUAAUGUGCGGGGCGAGGCCCUCUCCUCACCUCACCUCCGGACUCGGCGGGUCACUGCUAGCGGGAAGGCAAAGAAGGAUCCGGAGAGAGGGAGCGUGAGAGCUGCAAGCGCGGGCAGAGCAUUUCUUUGGAAUCGGGUUGUGCCCGGUUUGGGUGGAAGCUCUCCGGGCCGGGUUAGUAGACCUCGCUGGAUUCAGGCUGGUUGCACGGGGAGACUCCGAAUUUGGGAGGUGGGAUGGAAGGAAGGGACAGAGGGAAAGGAAGUAGGAGAAAGAAAGGCUAUUGCUCUAUAGAAAAAGCUUGUCUUUGUAGCCGGGACACCCCUUUCAAAUGAAAAAAAAAAAAAAAAAAUCGAGGCAAACUCCACCUCCUGGGAAUAACAAGACCGGGGGAAACCAUUACUGUCCCCAGCACCUCCAGGCCCGGCGCCCCGCUUGGGUUUUUCAAGGCACUUUUGGAUCUCCGGGUGGUAUCUUGGUGGGGGUGGGGGGCAGAGGGAGUAACUUUUAAAAUGAGAAAAAA